AUGUAAAAUUUCAAACGUUCGGCGGUGCUGAAACGGUCUGGCUGUAGCAUGGAUACUGACACAGCCUGCGGCUUCGGCAGCUUUAAACAGUACAAAUAUUUUAAUGACUCCGUUGAUGAAAAUUAUACGAUUCUACUUGAUCGCUGGUCCGAAAAUGUUACCGACUUCCUUAUGGAACGGUCAAACACGUUCAGAAUUACCAUCAUCGUUGUAUAUCUGUUUGUUUGUAUAGUGGGACUAGUGGGCAACUGUCUGGUAAUGUACGUUAUCGUCAGAUACACAAAGAUGAAGACAGCGACAAACAUCUACAUUUUCAAUUUAGCACUUGCAGAUGCAUUAGAAUUAAUCACACUACCUUUCCAGGCAACUGACACUCUCCUGGGAUUCUGGCCUUUUGGAAAUAUACUGUGUAAAAUAGCAAUAUCAAUUGACUAUUACAACAUGUUCACCAGCAUCUUUACACUGACAGUGAUGAGUGUUGAUCGGUAUAUAGCCGUCUGCCACCCUGUUAAAGCAUUAGAUAUAAGAACCCCUUUCAAUGCAAAGGUUGUUAAUGUGUGUAUUUGGGGACUCGCUUCCGUGAUUGGAAUACCAGCAAUGAUUAUGGGAUCGGCUGAAACAGAAAACAAUGAAAUUGAAUGCCUUCUGGUUCAUCCACAACCACACAAUUAUUGGAAGCCGACAAUCGAAAUAGCUGUUUUCCUUUUCUCCUUUGUUAUUCCAGUUGCUAUCAUAACAGUUUGCUACACAUUAAUGUUAAGGCGGUUAAGAAGUGUACGUGUACUUUCUGGGUCAAAAGAGAAGGACAGAAACUUGCGUAGAAUCACAAGAAUGGUCUUAGUGGUUGUGGCAGUCUUCAUCAUCUGUUGGACCCCAAUCCACAUUCUAGUGCUAGUACAAGUUGUCUGUAAUCAUGAAAUCAUGACUAUUAUGCCAAGCUGGUAUUUUUGUGUUGCUCUUGGAUAUGCCAACAGCAGCCUGAAUCCUGUUCUUUAUGCCUUUCUGGAUGAAAACUUCAAAAGGUGCUUUAAGGAGUUUUGCUUUCCCUCCACUUUUAAAAAAGAACCUAAGGUAUCAAAUGGGAUGAGAAGUAUCACAAAAGGUGUUGCUUACUCAUGUAAAAAUACAGAUGGCACAGAAAAUGUUGCAUGACUGGAGACAGCAACUCUUUCACUUAACUGGCCACCAAGAGAACAAAAUUAACUGAAACAUGGAGCUAGCUCAAAUUGUGCAGAUCUUUAAAAAUGUGCACUUUCUGCUGCAUUUUUAACUUGAA